AUGAGACGCACUCAGAGCGAAACCUUCACUCAGCAGCAAGAAGACCCUAACGGUUUCACGGAAGGCAAUGUUGUUCCACAUGAUUCGUCCGUGUUGAUGUCGAAGGCUACUGCUCGGCAUCUGCUUUCAUUUUCCCAAACGUCAUCGUCUUUCAAGAGAGGACUCGAAGAAAUGGUGUCCUAUUUUGAGGAGGAUGACGGUGCCUGUGAGGCCCAGUUCCAAUAUCCUGAGUCCACAAAGCCGUCGCCUGUGAUGUCAUCUACUGCUUCCAUACCUCCAACGAACUUAAAGCGUGAGUCCAUAGAAUCUGCCGCAUCGGGGAAUAUGAUUGAGAUGAUGGUGAAAUCGUAUGAAGAAAUGCUUGAGAGAAGGCGGCUUUUUUAUUGUCCAAGCUCGAUUCGUGAUAUUCUCGGCGGUACAAAACCUACGGUGAGACCUGCCUGUUAUUUCGGUGAGAGGGUUAGACGAGAUCGUUUGCGUGUGGAUAUUGCGUUGUUAGUGGAGUUUCUUAAUUCAAUCUCUCCAUUCCCACAUCUGACCUUGGACGAUAAGGUAGCUCUCAUGAAAAAAUUCUCCGUGUCCUUCUCCAUUCUCGAAAAGUACUAUAUUACAAUGCGAGUUGGAGGAUUACAAACUAACAGGAUAUUUCACAGUGAUGGGACUUACUCGGAUUUAGAUGAUCCAGAUUCAAUAGCAAAAGAAGCUAAUAGAGUGGCAGGUGGAGGUGUAGAUCGUAAUACUUUGAACAAACUGUUCAUCCAGUCAUUGAAGGAUUUUCUGUUGGAAUUAUCUGUACCUAUGUACCACAAUAAAAUGACUGAUGUCGAAUUUUGUGCGCUGAACGCCGUGCUGCUAUUUGAUCCAGCUGCUCCUGGGCUUAGUGAAAUUGGUCGUCAUAUUGUGCGAGAAGCUCGUGACCACGUGUAUGAGGACUGGUUCGAACUUUAUCGCAAAAUUGGGGUGGAGGAUAUUGGGCAAAGAGUCGGCAAUACAAUGCUCUUGUUGCCUGCUGUGCAGACCAUUGUCGACACUACGCAGGAGAACUUUCGAUUGAUUCAGGUUUUCGAUCUGUUUCAGUACGACAAAAUUCUCGAUGAGCUGAUGUAUUUGGAUCAUUAG